GAAUUGACGCCACUUGAAUCAGAUAAUAGCAGUAGUGGUGGAUACGGAAAGACAAUUUCACAUGUUGUGGUCAGUUUAAAAACAGUACGUGGAAGUAAACAGUUAAAAUUGGAUCCAACAAUUUAUGAUAGUAUUCUGAAACAAAAAGUUGAAAUCGGCGAUGUUAUUCAAAUUGAAGCAAGUUCCGGCGCUGUUAAGAGAUUGGGUCGUUGUGAUGUGUACGCAACAGAAUUCGAUUUAGAAGCUGACGAAUUUGUACCGUUACCGAAGGGCGACGUACACAAAUCGAAGGAAGUUGUGCAGGGCAUAGCAGAGUUACUGCCUGGUGUGUUGUUCAUCGACGAAGUUCAUCUGCUCGAUUUAGAAUGUUUCACCUACUUGCAUCGAGCACUCGAAAGCACUCUCAGUCCUAUUGUUAUUUUUGCUACGAAUCGAGGACGUUGUACAAUAAGUAAUAUAUUCACAAUAUUUGCGCCCUAA